AUGGUACGUCACCGUCUGGUCUUAGGUCUUCCAGAGUCGCUUGCCCCGCUUCCUCGCUCGCCUGCGCCGCUGUGCACUCCUUGCGUCGAGGGUUGGCAGUGCGCUGCCCCUCACUCCUCCUCGUUCCCCCUCACCACGGCUCCCUUCCAGACACUGCACUUGGACGUCUGGGGCCCCUCCCCGGUCCGUGGCCCACGUCAGGAGCGCUACUUCCUGAUCGUGGUGGACGACUACUCCCGCUACACCACGUCUUACACGCUACCAGACUCGCCGCAGCAGAACGGGGUAGCCGAGCGACGCAUCGGCCUGGUCAUGGAGGUUGCCCGGACCUCCAUGUGCCAUGCCGGUGCCCCCCAGUUCCUGUGGCCUCAGGCAGUCCGCUACGCCGCGCACCAGCUGAACCUGUGGCCUAGUGACGCACGGCCACGGGUGACGCCAGUCUCCCUUUGGACAGGUUCUCCGGGUGUAGCAGCUGACUACCGCGUCUGGGGUUCCCUGGCCCACGUUCGCGCCCCUGGCGUGAACAAGUUGUCUCCGCGCACCCAUGCCUGCAUCUUCCUUGGCUUCCCGCUCGACACCAGCGGCUGGCAGUUCUACGACCCGGUUACCUGUCAGCUCUUCAGUUCCCAGGACGUCACUUUCGACGAGUCGGUCAGUUACUACAGGAGUCGCCCCCACCGAGGUUCUGAGGCCUUUUCCCCCCCGCUGUUCCUCACUCUUGAGCCCCCCCCAGUCGUCGCGGUAGCCCCACCCCCUUCGCGGCCUGCCCCGUCAGGUGUGUCGCACGUCACUCCGCAGUCGUCCCCCCCGCAGCGUCCAGUCCCUCUCGUGUCUGGGGGUGCAGGAGGGGUAGUUGCGGAGAGUGAGGGUACUGGGGCUGCUGGAGCCCGUGGUGCCGGCUUUGGGGGUGCAGGGGGUGUGAGAGAGGAGACCACUCCUGAGGAGGACACGGCUGCACUGGAGUCCCUGGGGGUGUAG